AUGGAUCCUCCGAUAGCACCCCCGCCUCGCCAGAGGUAUAUCACGAGCCAAGCACAUUUCUACCAGCGCAAGGCUGAAAAGGAAGCAGCGGCCUUCAACGCCAUGGUUCCUGGAAACUUCGCCGAUUUCCCCACACGUGCGACCGAUCAGUGUUUUCUCGUAGACCAGAUGAUGGCGGCAAUGAAGGAUACAACCGACAUCCUGGACAAUCCGGAUAACAAUGCGCAUAUCAAUUGCAUCCGGGCCAAAUCCGACGACGACUUGGAAGAGAAGGCAUGGGAGGCAAUGUUCGAUGCGUACGACGCCCAGAGAGGCAAACGCGUUCACAAACUCCUCACAGCAUACUUUCCGAAUUUUAUGGAUCGCUGGGAGGCCUUGGUGGCACUGAUGCGUACUAAACUCUCAAACAACCAUACAAACAAAAUGCGAGACUUCAACAAGGACGUCAAAGCUGCGAGCAAGUUUGGUGGCUCAGUGACCACUGUUGAUCGAAUCACUUCGGUUUACGACGCGGCAGGAAAUCUCGUCAGAGCCUUUGUCCGUCCCGAGAAGCGCCCCCUGAGUGACUUUCUGGGUAACCGCUUGGCUGGGAUUGCGAAGCCGAAGCGGGCCAGGACGAGGGCAGCCACGGGAGAUUCUACAAUUUCUGUACCGGCCUCUAGCAACAGCAGUAACUCGGAACAGCCCGUCGCGGGCACAGCUGGCGGCCCUAUGACCCCCAUUCAAGAAGAAGAAGAGGAUGAUCAUGCUAUGGCCGCCAUCCACGAAGACGAAGAGGGUGUUAUGGCCACAACUCAAGGAAAAGAGGAGGGUGCUGUGGGCGAAGUCGAGAAGGACGACGGAUACGAAGCACUUGAAGGUCCAAAUGGACUUAGCACCCCCAGUCCCGACGCCUUUAAUCCCCAUUUCAACAAUCAGUAUCCCACGCCCACCCAGCACCUUCCACUCGGCGAACAAUCCAACAUCGCCAAUCAGCAUCCUAUAUAUCCUACGCCGGACCAGCAUGAGUCGCUCGGCGAACAGUCUGAGCAACCUUCACCCAAUGGGUACACGGUCCCGCCUAACAAUGAAAUGGAUGCAAAUCCUUUUCCAUUGUCCGCAGAAGCGCACCACGAGCCCAUCGCUAGUCACCAUGGAGAGGAUGUCGGCAUCCAAGCGGCCCUGGAUGGUAGAGCUACCAACAAUGGUCACUAUCUGUACGAAGUUGAUCUCGAUUGGUACGAGCUCUAA